UUUCUGCUUGCUUUUCAGGAUUUGUUUGGUGUGAGUAUGGUUGUUCCUUUACUGAACCUGCACAUCAAAUCACUAGGGGCAAGUCCUACAGUUGCUGGAAUAAUAGGCUCUCUCUAUGGUGUAAUGCAGCUCUUUUCAAGCACAUUUGUGGGCUGUUGGAGUGAUAUAGUCGGAAGACGGUACUCCUUGCUUGCUUGCAUUCUUCUGAGUGCCCUGGGUUACUUCCUUCUUGGAACAUCCACCACCGUAUUCCUGUUUGCCAUUUCUAGGAUCCCUGUAGGUAUUUUCAAACACACACUUUCCAUUUCUAAGGCCUUACUUUCUGACUUGGUUUCGGAGCGAGACCGUCCCCUGGUAAUAGGACGCUUCAAUGCAGUCUCCAGCGUGGGCUUCAUACUGGGCCCUGUGGUUGGGGGCUACUUUACAGAGCUGGAAGGUGGCUUUUAUAAAUCAUCUUUCGUCUGUGCCUCUAUCUUCAUUCUGAAUGCUGGUCUUGUUUGGAUGUUACCAUGGAGAGAAGAAAACAUAAGCAGUAGUGAACAUGCCCAGGGAACCAAUAGCAACAAAGUCACAGAAAAUUUCUCAGCAAAAGCAAAUCAUGACCGGCGGUUCCAGUCAGUAGCUGCUGGGUCUGUGGCAAGCGACAGUCCCUUCCAGUCUUCAUGGAUCCAGACUGCAGUGAUGCUGAAGAGGAUUAAAGGCAUUGCGUGCUCUGACUUGUGGGAUAUAUUUCUAGUACGGUUACUGAUGUCCAUUGCUGUACUGCUCUACUACAGUAACUUUGGUCUGGCCUUGGAAGAGAGGUUUGGGGUGAAACCCAAGUUCACAGGGUACCUAAUAAGCUAUAGCAGUACUCUCGGAGCCCUGUCUGGUUUUCUGCUUGAACCAAUAACAAGGCUCUACCAGCACAACACUUACACAAUUUUGUUGCAUUCCAGCAUUCUUACCUGCACACUGAUUCUGCUCUAUGCGUCUGCGCUUAACGUAUGGACUGUCAUUUUGUCUUCCACGUUCCUAGCUUUUUCGACUGCUGUCGGCCGUACUUGCAUCACGGACCUUGAACUGAGCCUAGGUGGGAACCAGGCCCGCGGUGCGCUCCUGGGGGCUGGGCAGUCUGUGACGUCCGUGGGGCGGAUAGUGGCCCCGCUCCUUUCGGGAAUUGCUCAGGAGUUCAGCCCUUGCGGCCCUCCAAGCCUAGGGGUUGGCCUGGCUUUAGUAGCUAUUCUGACCAUGAACGUGAACAAACCAAAAUAUGGUGGCAUUGGAAAUGUUAAGUUGAAAACUCAGUAGCUGCAAGUUUGGAUUGAGCGGAGUAUCUU